GGCUUGUCUAGCUGGCAGUACGUACUACCUCUUUGGAGAGGGACGAAUACUUGUCGUCAUAGGGUCAUCACUUCCCCUUCAUUUCCCAGUUCGAUGUCUUUGAUCUGAGCAUUCCAAAACAUCCUUCCAACAUGCCAGUGGAAGCUACUCAUCCUACGAAACCAUUUUCCUUUGACGACGACGAUGAAGAAGGAUGGCAGGAAAUGCCAGUCAUCAAAGAGGAUGACUUCGGAGGCGGUCUUGACGAAGAAGAUCGGAAGAAAUAUCACUACAUGCCCUCAUCAAAGAAACCGUUGCAAUCUGCAUCAACAGCCGGUAAUGCAACUGGCAACCUCAUCGAUUUCGACGACGAGGGUGUCGAAUGGCGCUCCAAGACAGAUCAGAAUGAGAACGAGUAUACUAGACUGCGGGUCAAUGAAGAGGAUGAGGCAGAUGAGGUUCACCUGCGCACACGAUACCUCGCAUUGCCUACUGUUGGUGUUUGCGCCCUCACGGCGAAAGAAAUGGUGCAGAAGCUCAAGACGACUAAGAGAAAGGAGCUCAAAUCAUCUUUCCAAGAUAUGGAGCUAUGGGCGAUGAAGAUCAUGGGCCGGCUCUAUUACCACAUGGAACUUGAAACUGCAGAGCAGAAGAUGAUAGACAGCCUAGCUGCGCAUGGUGUGCAAGCGAUAGAUCUUGUACCAUCGCUAAUGACAACUCAUACCGUUGCUAACCCCGAAUACGACCCUGUUGAAGCACGGCGGCAGGCUGAAGCUCAAGGCCUGAAGAAAGAUACGACAAGCAGGCGGAACUCUAAAGACGAUGAACUUCGACCUUCCAGCCUGGUGUCGGACGGUCGUAGUCCUCCUCAGACACCAACAUCACCUUCAUCGACCACUCAAAGGACCUUUCAGACUACGGCCAAAGUUCUUGAGGGUACUGCUGUUGAUUCUGCAUCGAUGGGAGUCACUACGACGCUUUCAUCCGCUGAAAAAGAUGUUACACUUGAUAUUCGGUGGACCGUUCUGUGCGACCUAUUCCUUAUACUCAUUGCGGACAGUGUCUACGACGCAAGAUCACGUGUACUAUUGGAGAGUGUGGCUCUCAAGCUCGGACUUGGCUGGUUGGAUGUAGUCAAGUUCGAGGUGCGCGUAACGGAGGCGCUUGAGAUCCAAGAAGGCGUCGAGAAGAUGGAGAAUCAGGAGAUUAUUGAGGGAUCGUCAAAGGCUGCGCGGAAGAGGCGGUAUAUGAUGAUGGGCCUGGCUACACUUGGUGGUGGUCUAGUUAUCGGACUUUCUGCGGGACUUCUCGCGCCUGUUAUUGGUGCUGGUCUGGGUGCAGCCUUUACCGCUGUCGGCAUAUCUGGGACAACAGGAUUCCUUGCUGGGGCCGGUGGGGCCGCUGUAAUCACAACCGGAGGAGUUCUGACUGGGUCUGGGAUCGCUGCUCAAGGAAUGGCCCGACGUACGCAACAAGUACGAAUAUUUGAUGUGCUACCGCUGCACAAUAACAAGCGUGUCAGCUGCAUCCUAACCGUUCCUGGAUUCAUGAAUGGCAAGCUUGAUGAUGUCCGCCUACCUUUUAGUGUUUUGGAUCCUAUUGUGGGCGAUGUAUUCAGUAUACUUUGGGAGCCUGAGAUGAUUCAAGAAACCGGUAGUGCGCUAAAGAUUCUUACCGGGGAGAUUCUAUCACAAACAGUUCAGACUGUACUCCAGCAUACAGUGAUGACUGCGCUGAUGAGCGGACUCCAGUGGCCAAUCAUUCUCACAAAACUUGGUUACCUGAUUGAUAAUCCUUGGAAUAAUGCGCUCGACCGUGCCCGGGCGGCUGGCAGUGUUCUUGCACAGCUCCUUAUUCAUCGACAUCUUGGCGUUCGACCUAUCACACUCAUUGGGUUCUCUCUUGGCGCACGUGUCAUUUUCUACGCCCUCCUCGAUCUCGCCAAGGCAAAAGCUUUUGGCAUAGUACAAGACGUUUUCCUCCUCGGAGCCACAUUAACAGCGUCGACGAGCACAUGGUGCAAUGCCCGCAGCGUUGUUUCGGGGCGCUUUGUUAAUGGAUUUGCGAGACAUGACUGGGUCCUGAACUACCUAUUUCGUGCAACCAGUGGUGGUUUAAAUACGGUUGCAGGCUUGCGGCCAAUCGAGAAUGUGCCAGGUUUAGAGAAUGUCGAUGUUACGGAUAAAAUUUCAGGGCAUAUGAGCUAUCGCGCAUUCAUGCCGCUCAUAUUAGACCAGCUUGGCUUCCCCGUUUCGUGUGAUUACUUCGAUGAGCCCGUUGAACCUGAAUUCAACGAAGAGAGGGUCGUUGUGAAAGAAGGGGACCAUACACAGAAAAAGAAGUGGUUUUCUAGAAAGAAGAAAUCCUCAACGUCACCAACACCAGUAUCGAGACCACCCUCAACAGCUUCUUUUGCUUCUUCAAGGCGGAAGCCCCCUUCACUAGGGAAACCGACUGAUGAUGACGACGAACCACCUCGCGAGUCCACGGGAACUCCACCUCAGAAUACUAACCCUCAUUCAAUACGACCUUCCGGUGGCCGAUCACCAAGUUCUUCCACCGACAUCCCUGUUCAUGCAGGAUUUGAUCUAAAGGCCAUUAAAGAUAUGAUAGGCCAAUCGGAGAAGACUCCCGAGGAAAUGCAGGUUCCUCAGCCUUCCCAAAUUUCCUCAUCCCUAGUUGCAUCACAAUCAGAAUCUGCUCCACCCCCCUAUACAAUUGCACCCACACACGUUGCCAACCCUACGGGUCUAUAUGUGGCUGAUGUUCACUCAAGCGCUGGCUUAAGCGCUACAUUCGCCACCUCGCUGUCACUCCACCAUGUGCCUGAUUCUGGCGAUGACGUCGAUGACGACCAGGGCAUGCCCCCAGUUGCAGAUAGUCUUGGCUCCCUAGAUCAUCUGAGCUAUCCUUCUUCAGCUACCUCUCCCCAUACUUCUAUUCCUCAGAUAUCUUUUGGUAGAAGUGAGACGUCGAUAUGGUCUCCUCCGUUACCAGAGAACAGACAUCCUCCAUUUGGAAAUCCCUUUGCGGGUAGCGCAGUUUCGUUUGGAAACUCGAGUAGAUCGACGAAUAACAUACAUAGGACACCUCCAGUUGCUGGUACCUCGGCGUCUCUUUCGUUUGGCGGAACAGACGGGACGAUAACUUUGCAGGGUAUGGGGCGAGAUCCCUGGAGCAUUCCUGUUGGGGACCCGAAGAAGACUCCCAAUUAUCUGGCCAAUCCUUGGUCAACUUGAGAGUGUUCAAGUUGGCGCAGUGUGUGGUCAUGGUGGGACCCAUACAUGCCCACCGACGUGCAUCUCUGGGACUUACACAUACUCUGACAUGGUAACAUAAUUCGGAUCUUCUCAGAGUUUUGCACAUAUGUAGAAACGACAACACACUCCACUUUUCCUGACUUAGCUAUAUCUGACUAGUAUAUUAUACCAAGCACAUUCGUACCGGCCCUCCGACUUCCUAGUUGAAUUGCUGAUCAAAUUGACCAGUUCAGGCUGAAUAUACAGGAUGGCAAUAUCUCAAUAACCAGU